UGUUAAGAGUAUAAAUUACACUCUUCCCUCUCUAAUUUCAAAUUCUUGAUUAGCCUUCAUAUAGUGUCACUCAAAGUUCGAAGAGCUGGAAGAAGUAGAAGAAAGACUCGUUUCACUGGUUCAAAAAUGUCCAAAUCUGAGAAUCCUUCAACAAAUCCAUGGCCAUAUCAUCACUCAUUCGUUUCUUCCAUCUUCAGCAAUCUCCUUCAUUCUCUCAAAAGUUCUCACUUUUGCAGCUCUUUCACCCAAUGGCAGCCUCAAUUACGCCAAACGGGUCCUUACCCAAAUCCCAAAUCCUAGUAUAUUUUCAUAUAAUUCUCUCAUUAGAGGUUUUCUUGAAUCCCAUACCGCUUCUAACGAACCCCUUUUCAUAUUCAAGAAAUUGGUCAAGAGAAACUACCCGAAAACGAAUAGUUUCACUUUGGCGUUUGUGUUGAAGUCGUGUUCUAUUUUGGCGGCGUUUGAUGAGGGGCAACAAGUGCAUAAGCAUGUUGUUCAAUCUGGGUUUGGAUCGAGUCCCUUUGUUCAGACUUCGUUGUUGAAUUUAUAUGCGAAAUGUGAGGAAAUUGGGUUGGCGGAGAAAGUGUUUGAUGAAAUUCCUGAAAGAAAUGUGGUUGCUUGGAGUGCAAUGAUUAGUGGGUAUUCAAGACUUGGGAUGGUUAAUGAGUCUUUUAGUUUGUUUAGGGAAAUGCAGAAGACGGGUGUUUUGCCUGAUAAGGUGACAAUGGUGAGUGUGAUUUCGGCGUGUGCUAUGUCUGGGGCGUUAGAUUUGGGGAGGUGGGUGCACUCGUAUAUCAACAAGCAAUCGAUUGAGAAUGAUCUUGAGCUUAGUACUGCGCUUGUUAAUAUGUAUGCAAAGUGUGGAUACAUUGAAAAGGCAAUUGAAGUGUUCGAAGCAAUGCCUUUUAAAGAUGCCAAGGCUUGGAGCUCAAUGAUAGUUGGCUUGGCAGUAAAUGGGCUCGCGGAAUAUGCACUGGUGACCUUUUCCAGGAUGAACAAAGCCAAGGUAGAACCUAACCAUGUGACACUAGUUGGGGUUCUUAUGGCAUGUGCUCAUAGUGGACUAGUUUCUGAAGGGAAAAGGUAUUGGGCAGACAUGAUUGAGUCUGGGAUUGAGCCAUCUUUAGAGCACUAUGGCUGCAUGGUAGAUUUGUUGAGCCGUUCAAAUUUAAUUGAUGAAGCUUAUUCGUUUGUCGAAUCCAUGCCACUUGCCCCGUGUCCAGCAAUAUUGCGUACAUUACUUGUUGGGUGCAAAAAGAACAAAAUCUUGGACAAAGGUGAAAUUCUAGGUCAGCAUCUAAUUGAAUUAGAACCGUGGAAUGCAGAGAACUAUAUCCUACUCUCUAGUCUGUAUGCAUCAGUAUCAGACUGGGAAAAAAUGCGGUACGUGAGGAAACAGAUGAAAGACAAAGGUAUUAAGGCUAUGCCAGGAUGCAGUUCCAUUGAAGUUGACGGUUUUGUGCACGAGUUUGUGAUGGGUGAUUGGUCACACCCUGAAGCAGAGGAGAUCAAAGAGUUCCUAAGGGAUAUAUCUCAAAGGGUAUACUCUGCAGGACAUGAACCUUGGAUUGCUCCUAUUCUGCACAAUGUGAGUGACGCAGAGAAGGAAAUUGCACUUUGUGAGCACAGUGAAAGGUUAGCUAUUGCUUUUGGACUUUUGAAGACAAAAGCACCUGCAGUGAUUAGGAUAGUGAAGAACCUCAGGGUCUGUAGGGAUUGCCAUGAAGUGACAAAGAUAAUUAGUAGAAUAUACAACAGGGAGAUAAUUGUUAGGGACAGAGUUAGGUUUCACAGAUUUGUAAACGGCGCUUGUUCUUGCAGAGAUUUUUGGUAAAUAUUAUUCCAUUGACAAUAUAUUGCAAAGACCCUACUUCUGGAA